UCAAGAUAUAAAUUUAAAUGGAAUCCUAAUCAUUCAUUUUGGAUUGAUCAUGUGAUAUACAGUCUGUCAUACACUACUCUUUUUCUCCUUUGCUGCUGCUGUUGCUGUUACACUUUUUUUAGUUUUUUGAUUAUUUGCCAACGGCCACUGUCUUUCCUUUCCUUUUCUUUUUUUCACUUAAUACACAGAAUCACUUAUCAUCAACUUAAUUUUGAAAGGAUCUCUCUUCUCUGCAUCUAGCAAUCCUCAUGGCUACUGAGACUGCACCAUCACAUCAAACUCCUACUUCUGAUCAUGAGUCAAUUGAGAACAAGGUGACCGAAGAAGUAAAGCCUGUAGAACCUGAAACUGUUUCCCUAGCCGGGAAACCUGAAGAAGAAGACCUCCAACCUAAUGAACUAGCAAGUCAACCAACCCUGUUAGAUAAAUCAGAAGCAGUGGAAGAUAAGGAGGUCGAGCCUCCAGCAGUUGUGGUUAAGAAGAUUGAUGGUGUUCCUGCUAUCAAUGUUCCAGUAGAUGAUAAAAAAGAGUUGGAAAAGGAUUCUAUUUCUGACUCACACACACCUAGUGUUCCGGCUCUGGUGGCCGAUGUUGUUAAUGGCGAACCAGUUGCUCCAGCUAUACAUUCUGUUUUGAAAGAAGCAGAAGAGCAACAAUUAUCAACAUCCGUGGAGGAAUUGCUACAGGAAAAACCAAAGAUGGUUGAUGUUCCAGUAUCACUAGAUGAAGCUAUUGCAAAAACAGAGGAGCCAUCAAAAGUUCUUCCUAUCAAAGAGUCCGAACCAAUUGAGGCAAAAGACAGUGAAGAUUCAGCAGUGUCUAAAGAAGUUGACAAAGUGGAAUCAAUAAUUCCUGAAGUUGAAGUGAAACUAGAGGAGCAAUCAGAAGUUGGUAAACAAGUUGAAGAGCCAAAAACAGAAGCAGCAACUAAGCAACCAAAGGAACCUUUGGAAGUUCUUCCUGUCAAAUCAGAAGCAGUUGCGGUAAAAGAUAGUGAAGAUUCACAACUAGUGUCCAAAGAAGAUGAUAAGCCAGAAUCAGAAGAACAAUCCGAAGUCAUUAAAGUUGAACCCAAAGAAAAAUCAGUUGAAGUAAUUGCCGAAACACAGGAGCCAGUGGAAGCUCUUCCUACCAAAGAAUUGGAAGCAGUUCAAGUAAAAGAUAUUGACGACUCACAAGAAUUGUUUAAAGAAGCUGAUAAAGUAGGAACAAUAGUUCCUGAACUCAGGGAAGUGAAACUAGAGUCUGAAGUCACUGAACAUGUAGAAAAAACCGACGAACAAUCUGUUGAGGCAAUUAAGGAAACACAGGAUUCAUCGGAAGUUCAUCCAAUCAAAGAAUCAGAAGCAGUUCCAUUAAAAGAUAUUGAUGAUCUAGUAGCAGUGCCUGGAGUUGAUAAACCACAACCAGUAAUUCCUGAAGCUGAUAAACCUGAACCAGUAGUUCUUGAAGUUGAGGUUAAACAAGAGGAACAAUCUGAAGUCACUCAACAAAUUGAAAAACCAGAAUCAGUGGUUCCUGAGACUGAGGUGAAACUGGAGGAACAAUCUGAAGUCACCAAACUAGAUGAAAAAACAAAGGAACAAGAAGUUGAGGUGAAACCCGAGGGACAAUUUGUAAUCAGAAAACAGGUGGAACAAUCUGAAGUCGCUGAACAAAUUAAAAAACCAGAAUUAGUGAUUCCCGAGAUUGAGGUGAAACUGGAGGAACAAUCUGAAGUCACCAAACUACAUGAAAAAACAGAAGAACAUGAAGUUGAGGUGAAACCUGAGGGACAAUCUGUAAUUAGAGAACAGGUGGAACAAUCUGAAGUCGCUGAACAAAUUGAAAAACCAGAAUCAGUGAUUCCUGAGAUUGAGGUGAAACUGGAGGAACAAUCUGAAGUCACCAAACUAGAUGAAAAAACAGAAGAACAUGAAGUUGAGGUGAAACCUGAGGGACAAUCUAUAAUCAGAGAACAGGUGGAACAAUCUGAAAUCGCUGAACAAAUUGAAAAACCAGAAUCAGUGAUUCCUGUGACUGAGGUGAAACUAGAGGGACAAUCUGAACUCACCAAACUAGAUGAAAAAACAGAGGAACAAGAAGUUGAGGUGAAACCUGACGGACAAUCUGUAAUCAGAAAACAGGCAGAACAAUCUGAAGUCGCUGAACAAAUUGAAAAACCAGAAUCAGUGAUUCCUGAGACUGAGGUGAAACUGGAGGAACAAUCUGAAGUCUCCAAACUAGAUGAAAAAACAGAGGAACAUGAAGUUGAGGUGAAACCUGAGGGACAAUAUGAAGUUAGUGAACAGGUUGAGAUUAAGUCAACAGAUGAAAAGCGAGGACAAGUUGCUGCAAUCACUCAGGUAGCUCAAGCUGAGAUUAAAGAGGAUGGAGGAAAAUCUUCUCUUCCUGAAAUCAUACAAAAAGCUGGUCCAGAGGCUGAAGGGACUGAUUUGGCUGAAGCGUCAUUGAAAGAGAUUGUGGUAGAAGCGGAAAAGGGUAGAGAAGAGAAAGAGGCAAGGACAAUAAAAGCAGAGGGCGAGAAAAUAGCAAGUGAUACAGUAAAAGAGGAACUAGCUCAGCCCAUCAAAGUGGAAGAGGUCAGCAAUGCUGCUUCAAACGCCAAAAUCACUGAAAAAUCGUUUGAGGGAGAGAAAACAGUUGAAAGUGUUGAACCAGCUUUAGAAAACAAGAAAGAGGAGAUACCUGCAAUAGAUGAAACCCACAAAGAUGGGACCAUAGAGGGAAAGCUGGAUGAAGCCACUACAGUUGUCAGUGAACCAGUCAAAGAAUCCCAAGAUUCUGUGUCAGAAGCAAAAGAAGAAGAAGAAACUGCAAAAACCAACGAAGAGAACUCUGAGCAGGAAAAGGUUGACGAGAUUGCCAAAUCUGACACGCAGAAUUUAGAGUAUUCUACCCAGGAUGCUGAAGACGCAAAAGAAUCACAGGAUCUGCCAAGAGAAGUUCCAGCCAAGCCUACUCAAAAGCAUUCAAACAACAUUUUAACAAGGGUAAAGCAAUCACUUGUAAAGGCAAAGAAAGCUAUUAUCGGGAAAUCGCCAACUCCAAAAACCGUCUCCUCUGAUAGCAAGGGUGAUGUUAAAGUCAAUAAUUGAAGGGAUCUUAAUGACAAAGCUUGCAUAUACUUACAGAGAUAUGAAAUCUUGCAUUGUGAAGUAUAUAGGUGUGUAAAAAGGCAUUUUCUUCCAUUUGUUUUCUCUAUUCAUUCAGUUGUAUGUAAUGGUAUAUGAUAGUGUGCUGGUGAUUGGUGUGUUGUUGGGUUUGAUGAGUAGAAAAGAGCUUUUCAGUCAAAUUUAUGUUAGUGUUGUCAACAAUACUAUCUCAUCAAAAUUAUGUACUCAUUGAUAAGAUUGAUUUGCGUAUUUGAUUAAAUAAUGGUUUGGAUUCUUUUGUAA